UGUUCAGUCAGAAUCGAAAUGAGAAAAGAACCUUCAAGAUGGGAUGCAUGGAACCCACACAGUUAAUACAGAUCCUGAAUAUCAAGAGAGAGACUUCAGGAAAUGGGGACAAGUUCAAGGGACGUCUGUAUAUUGAUGGGCGCUCAGACAUCGUAGCUGUAGAAGUGGAGUCUCACCUGUCCAUGAAAGGCUAUCUACUGACUGAAGCUCCCUCCGUCACCACGGCGUCUCUGUUUUGGAAACUCAUAGAACAACAGGAGUCUGGUACUGUCAUUGUCCUGCCAGACUCGCACCAGAAUCUGUCCAGCUAUGUGCCUUCUCCAGGAGAGAGUCUGAACGUGAGUCCAGUCAGUGUGAAAUGUUCAACAGAGAACACAAUCAACCCCGACAUCGUGCUCAGGAGCGUACACAUACAGAUUAACGACCGUCCGCCAUCCCCAGUGCAUGUGUACAUAAUGAAGCAGUUUCCAGAAGAUUCCCUCCAUGCUCUUGGAACUGCUGGAACAAGUAGAUCUUCAUACGAGUGGGGAUGAAUCCCAACCAGUUGCUGUCAUCUACAGUGAAUCUGACAGACAGAGAGGUGCAAUAUUGUGCAUCCUGAGCAAUAUUGUUCAAGGCCUGAAGUAUGACAAAACAGUUGAGAUCUACAACAACAUGAAGGCUAUGGUCCACUGCCUGGAUCAAGAUAUCACACAGGCUGACGUUGCUCUUUGUUAUGACGUAGCUUUGGAAGGCAUAGAGUCGCAAAGCAUCUACGAAAACGUCUAACAAGCAACUAUUCUCCUUCAUGGACCAACAAACCUCCGGGCUUCAACUUACAGAUCAGAUUUGAUGCCAUUAACGCACCAGUAACAAUGAACUUUUAUUUGUUGUCUUCAUAUUUUCCUCCCUACAUUUUCUCUUAUAAUUUUGUUAUUUCUUAUCUUAUGAGUGAGUUUACAUUUGCAUAGUUGAUUGAUUGAUCAUUAAAGAAUUUAAUAUGUGUUCAGGCAUCGAGACCCAUUUACACCUUGCCCAUCAUGAAACGUUGCUCAGAUUCUAAACACUUCAUAACGUAGCAACACACUUUAAGGUAUGCAAGAAUUACAUUCUGAACUUCAUGACGAGCUAUAUUCCUGGUAACGUCUGAAUCUUUUGUUUUGUACCUGAUCCAUAUUUAAGAAGAGUUAAGUUUGUUAUUGUGUUAAGAAGAUUGCUAUACUGGUGAAAUGCAAGUGUAUAUUGAGGGUCAGACCAACCAUCAUAUCUUCAGGCAUAAUUGAAUUAAACUCUGUGUUCGCAUAAUAAGGAGUACUGGAAGCACCUUUAAAAUACGUAACUAAGGCCUUAGUCACCUGUAAACCCGUGAAAAAGGGUUCAUUCAAACAAUUUAUUGUUAUAUUCAUUGUGCUAACAUCGUCAUACAGUGAAUCCCUGGUGGCCAUAAGCUUAUGAUGUCUUUGUAUAUGAUAAUACAAGAGGGACACUCACACAUACAUCUUAUUAUAGUAGGACGUUGGGUCAUUAUUUUUUCAUAUCUAUUUUUGGAAAAUUAUUUAUUUGAAAAUGCACAGAAACUUGUAUAUGUUGUACUUACAUAUCAUGCAUCGCUCAUCUAAUCUUUGUUCACCCAUAUGGGUUUAUCUCACGCUCUAACCUAUAUCAUUGUAGCUGCUUGUUUGACAGAAUCGUGUUCCUAUCACACCUAUCUCUUUGGGAUGCUGUUUGGUUUCCCUGAAUAUAUACUAGGCACAUAAAGAAACUGUGCAUACAAACAUUUAAAAUCUAAAUUUAUCAAGCCUGU